GGAAUGUGUUACGCUCGGCAGCAGCAGUCAUCAUCUCCAGCUGGUCGUCGUACGUUGGUGCGUGCUUUGGUGGACGGUGUAGCGUGUGCGUUGAAUGUGCCCCGUGUGUGUUGUGUGUGACUUGUGUACGUUGGGGAGCAACAGUUGCAAACCCGUGCCGUUUUCAGUUCUGCACGCAACGUGGCGUCGGACGCCACACGUGUGUCCCCUUGCUGGUAAGGGCACUUGAAGUUUUUUUUCCGAAUUACUUUCUGGCGCUCGGUACCGUGCUUCAGCUGUGGUUUAAACCGUGAGAGACGUACAAAUUUGUGUGUAAUAGGGUGCAAGUGGAAAAAAAAAGUAGGUCAACUCAGGAGCAUUGAGCUGCCCAAACGUAACGUCGCGUGCAUUUGGUUGAGAAGUUUGAAGGAAAACGAUCAUCACCAAACACACACACACAGGAUGAGUUUGCCGAGCGGUGUCGAUAUGUCGAACCUGAUGCAGCAACAUCCGGUACUGGGUGCGCUGCCGCCAGCGUUUUUCCUCCGGGCGGCCUCGGAACGCUAUCAACGCACGCCCAAGUGUGCCCGGUGCCGCAACCAUGGAGUGGUGAGCGCCCUCAAAGGACACAAGCGCUACUGUCGCUGGCGGGACUGUGUCUGUGCCAAGUGUACCUUGAUUGCGGAGCGGCAGCGAGUGAUGGCCGCCCAGGUCGCACUCCGCCGCCAGCAGGCACAGGAGGAGAACGAGGUGCGCGAUCUGGGCCUGCUGUACGGGACGACCGGUGUGCACGGCGUUGGCCAGACGCCCGCGAGCGAUUCGGUCGGCUCGGUACAGUCGGUCGGUCAGUUCCACGGUGGCAUACCGUCGCCGCCGAACGAUGCGGAAAGUGGUGGUACCCACCACAGCUACACAUCGGCCGACGCAGACACGGACGUGCAGCGGCUACGGUCCGAGCACAUGCACUCGGCCUACUCACCCAAUCGCAGCGAACCGGACAGCCCCGGACCGAAGCGCCAGCGCAUAUCAACCGAGACGGACCACGAGACGGAGUCGGAAUCGUCGCCCAGCAGCCCCCGGCACAAGUCGUCCCUGUUCUCCCUGCCGCUGGACAAACAGUCGCCGAGCCAAACCGGGCCGCCCAGCUCGCCCGAGUCCGACCUGGACGUGGACUCGACGCCGGACGAUUCGAUCGCGCCGGAAAACUUGAGCCUCAAGAAGGACCCAGCGAAUGUAUAUACGAAGCCGGCGGCGACGCUCGUCCCCGUCACGAACGGUGGCACCGGCUUUCUGCCUUACAACCAGCCGCCGGCCGCCGCUACCCAGUACCAGCAGGCCCUCGGUGUCAGUGCCUCCCAAGCGUCCAGCCAACGGUCGCCGGUGGACGUGCUGCUGCGAGUGUUCCCGAACCGACGCCGAAGCGAGGUGGAGCUCCUGCUGCAGCGCUACCGGGGCGACGUCGUGCAGGCGAUGGAGGCGAUGCUCUGCGGUGACGAUGCGCUCCAUUCCCCCAUCAGUGUUCCCACACCUUCACCAUCUUUUGCAGUGAAGUCGGCAUUCUCGCCAUUGAUGCCUUCCGGAACGUUCAGUAGUCCGACGGUGCGGUACUCGUUUCUGCAGCAGGCCCACACCAAGCGCUUCCUGUCCGCGCCCUACACCGGCACCGGCUACCUGCCCACUAUACUGCAGGAUCCAGAGCAGCAGCAGCAGCAGCAGCAACCUCAGCAACUCGACCAGCAGACCAUCGGUCAGCACUGUGCGCCCGCCAACAGUCCGUGCGUGGAUGGUGCAGAGUAGGCAUCCCUCUUCCGUUUCCCUUCACACCUGGUUCCUUUUUGGGCGGGCCAGUUACCUUCAGAGAUGCGGCCGGCUAACCACAUCCAAUGAUGGCGACCGAACCGUCCUCUCCCAAAACGGAGCCUGUUCUUGGUACACUACCCUGCCCUCAGGCGCUCCUGAACCAGCAUGCCUGCACGGAGAAUGGGGCAACGACGCGCAACCUUCUCCAUCCGUUCCCGGCAGGAGUGUGCCUGCUGAUGAGCGUGAAUGAUGAUAAUGAAGAUGCUGAUGGAGUGGAAUGAUGAUUAAUUUCUAUGUAAAUUGUUACCGCAGGGAUUUUCUUCGUGCUUUGCCUUGUCCCCCUUGUUCGGGAAUCAAACCGCGAGCGAAGAGGGAGCAGACAAUGCGUACGAAGGCGUAAAAAUACAACUCUAUUAGCUUACUUUGACGCCGAUUACCCAGUCUCUCUCAGGUUCUGGCAGCUACACUAUAUAUCGAGGCGUCGCGCUCGAGCACUCGAAGGGAACAGGCAAACAAAAAUUGGUGGAAUAAUAAUUACAGCAAAUAAUGUGGUCAGUCAGGCUAGGGCAAGGGCAUCAAGCGGUCCCACGAGGCUACAACAGUUACGGCGGCAUUGUUUCGUGCGAGAGAUAUCGUCAAAUCAGAUAAAUAUUAUUAUUAAUAAAAAACACACACACAAACACACUUACAGCUACACUCAGACAUUGUUGAACUAUACUUACAACAAACACGUAAUGAUAAAACAAAUGAAGCAAACAUGCAACAGCAACAAAACAUACAAUAAGUUUGGUGAAACGAGUGAAAAGUGUUGUA